UGUCAAAGUAGAUAAGAGAAAAUGUCAGAUAAAAGUACUGAGCUAGAUCCAAAUAAAAUAGAAGAUUUUGCUUUUAUUGGUGAUUUUCCGUAUUUUGUUCCUCAAGAAAACAGUGAAGCAGAUAAAGGCGAUGACAAGAAUGAGUAUGAAUGUUCAAGAUGGAGCGAGGAACAAAUAAAUUUUGCGACAAAACCUGAAAAUCAUUGGAAAUAUGAUUUUUUAGGAGACAAAUUUUACUAUGGAGAGGAUGGUCCCAUGUUCAAGUUAGCUUUCUUAGAAGGAUUAGAACCGGAUAAUUCCGGUAGCCUCCAACAAUUCAGCUUUAAAAAUAUUAAUUCCCAAGAGGCGGACAAAAGAACAGUGAAUCCAGACAAAGUUAAUUUUGAGGUAAAGCUAAAAGAUAGCAUUUCGCAAAAAUUAUACAAAGGAAGAAGUAAAUUUAAGAAGAGGUUGUUUUAAAUUUUUGUCGUUUUAAGAUAAUAAUAAAUUAAAUUUGAUAGAUUAUA